AUGUCUUACCAGCAGGCUACGACUCACGCCGAGAACUCCUUCCCCGCUCGUUCCGCCGCCAACAUGUACACCCAGCCGCAAUUACGCACCCAGCGCGACUCUCAGGGUCAAACCUCUUCAUUCGCCCAGGGUGCUACCCAGAAUGAGAGCAACCCAAUGGCGGCCAUGAUGAACCAGUUUAAUGGUCUUGCCAUUCAAGGUGCCAACAUGGCAUCUGGUGCCUCUACGAUGGGAAGCACUCAGCUCCAGUAUUACCUCACUCAAGAUGGGCAAUACUUGGUCGCACCUGCCGGCAUGUAUUCUGCUCAGACUAUGGCUCCAGCACAGAUUCCAGACACCACUUAUACCGGCUAUCCUACGACUUUGCCAUACUAUCCGCAAGCUCCUUUUCCUAGCUAUGUUCCGGGUUAUCCAUUGCUGUCUGGCUACCCCUCCGCUCGUGCUGGCUACUACUCUGACCGCUCAGAUUCACUGCACAAAGAUGUUCCUGGUCUUGAGAAUCGCCGUGGUUCGUAUUCGACUAACGAGUCUGCUCCUAGCACCCCAUACUAUGGCUCAAUCUCCCAGCGUGAGCAGGGUACUCAUAUUGCUGCAAUUGACCGAUCUCCUUUCGGCUCUACCCCUUCACCACAGCAAAUUCCCGCCCACACUGACCAAAAGGGUCUUGCUCCUUACAAAACCAUCCCGAUCAACAUCGAUCUUGAUGCAUUGCUGAUGCAGCACCCAGCCAUUCCCCGGGCUGUUCCUGCCGUUUUCACUCCUCGUGAAAAUAUGAGAACUCUCGAUCAGAGCUUGUCCAACCAAAUGCCAGGCAACCGCAAUGUCUACAUCCGUGGUCUCCACCCAAAUACAGAUGAUCAGAUGCUCGCUGCAUACGCUGGUCGCUUUGGAAAGGUUGAAACAUCAAAGGCCAUCAUUGAUACUUCUACCGGCGCUUGCAAGGGGUUCGGUUUUGCCAAGUACUUCACUACCCGUGAGUCUGAGCUCUGCAUUAGAGGCUUCUACAAGAUGGGGUAUGAAGUUGGUUUUGCUAGGGAGUCUUUCAAUUCUCGUCUGAAGGCUGAGGGUGACGACAACUCCACUAACCUGUAUGUUUCGAACCUCCCAAAGAACAUGACCGAAGCUGAACUUGGUGCUGUCUUCAUUGGCUACAAAGUCAGUUCCAGCAGAGUCCUCCGGGAUGCCAACAACAAUAGCCGUGGUGUUGGGUUUGCUAGAUUUGAGAGCCGUGAUGUGUGCGAGGAUAUCAUUGAACAGUUCCAUGGUGUGCCCAUCGGCGAAGAGGGACUUCUUCUUCAAGUACGCUAUGCCGAUACCCCUGCCCAAAAGGACCUCAAGCGCAUCACCACAGAGCGCCGUCAGUUUCGAACUAGCGAGUACAACGUCGGUGCAUACGGCGCUCCUGCUGACAUGCUUGCACUUUCUCCACAAAUGCCAACUACCCUCAUUCCUCGAGCCUCCCAGAUUACCCGACACCUUCCCACCGCAUCUCGUGCUACUAGCAGCAGUUCUUGGAAGCGAGAGAAUACCAGCUUGCUUGACGCUCCAUACUUAAAGGAUAUUGAUCGCCAGGUGAAGACUGAGGAUCGUCAUGGCAGCUUGCUUGAUGCCAUUCCAUACUUCAAGGACAUUGAUCGCCAGGUGAAGACUGAGCCUGAGACGAGCAAAUCCAAGGAGAUUAGUAGCACGGUUCCGGGCCCCACUCCAACGGUUUCGGACGACGGCUCUACUGAUGAGGGUGUCACUGUCCACCAAGACGCUCCUGCUGUCGCCCAUGGUGGAUCAGUUACCUCUCCAUCUGCUUGCAAGCCUUGA